GCCCCGCCUCUUUCCGUGUGUAGGCGUUGCUUUUGUCUUCACACCCCUACAGCAUUUCCGCCGAGAAGCGAGCCGUCGGCACCCGGCCUUACCUGCCGCAUCUCCCUGUUCUCUCGCUGUCUCUCCUCUCCCGCCACGUCAUCUCCUUUCCCCCUUUCCAUUCGUCCUGCCGGUUCGAACUGUUCCGCGCCUUUGGGUUUCGCUUUUUCCUCGCCCUUUCGCCUAUUUCCCGCCCUCUCUUUCCCACACCCCUAAUACCUCUUCCGCGCGACAUCCCUUGCGAAAUCCUUUUCUCUUUUUCUCUUUUCUUAAUUCGAAACGUACGCGUCUCAUCACCCUUUUCGUCAUCUGUGCAAACAGAGAGAGAGAGAGAGAGAGAGAGAGAGAGAGAGAGAGAGAGAGGGGAAACUAGGCGGCUGCUGACAAGGGGAUGAGACACGUGAGAGUGAAAAUGAAGCUACGGAAUAUGUGCCAAGGUUCCAUAGCUGAUGCUGAAGGACGUUGGAGAGUGAAGGUGUGUCAGUUGAACGAGCAAGGAAAAUGGGACGAUAGGGGUACUGGACACGUGUCAGUUGAUUACAUUGAGCAAGCGGAGGCUGUGGGGCUGGUCGUGAUCGAUGAGAAAGAUAAUAGCCAUUUGCUUCUGCACCGAAUAUCUCCUGAGGAUAUCUACCAUAGACAAGAAGAUACUAUCAUAUCGUGGACAGACCAGGAUGCAUCAACAGAUCUGGCACUCAGUUUUCAGGAGGCGAUUGGAUGUGCGUGCAUCUGGGAUCAGAUGAGCUCUGCACAACGGCAAAUUCAGUUUCCUCCUGUUGGCGAUGACAUUUUGCAUGAUGGAGUUGCCGGAGAUGUUCCAGACCUGGCUAACCUUCCCCAGAGUGCUAAGAACACGCGGCAGUUGUUCAAUGCAAAAUGGUGUCAAACACCGAACACACAAGCAUACAACACAUGUAAGUGCGGGUGGUUGGACUGGGUCGCUGGCUGCUCGGACUGGGUUGGUGGGUGCUCGGACUGGGUCGUUGCGUGCUCGGACUGGGACAACGGGUUCCGGCAGAAUGGUGCCACGAAUGUGUCGUGUCUUAUUACGAUGAUGUUAUGCUUCCUGUUUCUGCAUAACAUCUCCAGGGUAUUCUUUGUCAUGGCGCGGGGUGCGUCCUCCAGUUCGGCAUCGACAUUUCUGUCGGAAGACGUAUACAGGAAUUACGACUACUCGAGUCAUUAUCCGGGCCAGCCGAAGCGGCCGUCGGACGAUGAGCUUUUAGAAGUGUGUGGCGAGCGUUUGGGUGAUGAGUCUGGGGUGAGAUGGUCGUUUGACGAAAUGUUGCAAUUGUUGUACAUGAAGCAGCAGGAAGUGAAUGCUUUGAAAAUGUUGCUUGACCGGCAAGAGGAAGAGCAUCUGGAGGCGUUGGAAGGGAUGUUGAACGGGAUCCGGUUGGGGCCGUGCGAGGGGGCAGGGGGUAGAAAGAGGGCGAAGCAAGAAGAGAAGGGGGCCGACAGGAAAAGAGGAGCAGAUAUGGCCGUAGAGAACGUUGAACUUGGAACGCAUGUGGAUGAAAAUCUGAAGUUAGUGGAUGAAAAUCUGAAGUUGCGCUCGAUUUACAACGUUCGCUGUCAUACGCUGGGAUCACUGAGGGACAUGGUGGUGAACCUGCACAGCAACAGGGACGGGUCACUGUUGCAAAACAUGAUUCGUUGGAGGGAGAGGGCGGUAAGUUUAGAUAUCCAGGUUAGAAAGUUGUUGACCAUAUCUGACACCCGUAGGGACAUCUGUGUGCUUGCCAGUGCGUUGUUCAAACAUCCGACGGAGAGUACAAUGCGGGAGAUUGAAAAGAGGGAUGCGUUGAGUGCUGUUAGGUGUCUGGAGUGGCUGGCUGAGACGUUUCUGCAGAGGGCGAUAAUGGCUGAGGUGCAAACUGCGCUCAACUUCCCGUUGACAAAGCACCAGGAAGAGGGUACUAUGGAGUGUCUGUUCAACCUGUUGCUUCGGUCAAUGCGAUCCCGCCAGCGUUUGGCAUAUAUGAUUUCCGCGGAACAGUCGGUAACGGAGGAUUACAAACUCACCCGACAACAGGCAGCGGAUUUGGUACGUAUGAAGUCAGUGCUAGGUCAGAGUCUGCUUCUUUCCGCGCAGGGACGGCAUGCAACGGAAGGUGAGAAAAAGGAGAUUGGAAGCCUGAUUGUGGAGUUGUUGCUGCUGCAAAAGUCGCAUGCAAAGCUGCAAAAAGAGUAUGCUUACCUGCUUGUCCUUCGCUGUCUGGAACGGCGUGCACAUUGUCCGAAGUGCGGGUGCACAUUGGACGAAAUACGGCCACACGAUGCGGAGGCAAGGAAAACGAGAUGCGAGAAGAUCCGGGAGCGGAUCCUUGAGGUGAACAACGCGCAGGGGCGGAGUGUGCAAGGGGCGCGACCAAGUUAUUUGUUGGAGUCGUCGUUGGAGUCAAAAUUCAGAGGGAGGAAAGUGCGCAAUGCGCUGGGAGAAUACAGAAAAUCCAUAGUCGAGACGGGAGCGAGGCUACGGAGUAUUGACACAGAGCGCACGGAGUUUGUGGAUGACAUGCACGCCGAGGUUGUGAUUGGUGGUGACGUUGUUGUCGAUCGCCAGCCGGGGGAGGGUCCCCUACUGUAUGAUGCGAUGGCACGCGUGCGUCAAGAGGACGACAUGCCUGGUUUGAUUCCGGUGUGGUAUAACGGGGAGGAUGAGCGUUUGGACGACGAUUAAAUAUGAAUUGACUUGCGCCGCGGUGGGUUGUUUUCGGGACCGGCGUGUUGGGAGGAUGGGGAUAUAAGGGAACAUUG